AUGAAUCGAUCAAUACCCGUUCGCGUUAAUUUACUAAUUGAGAAUGCCAUUCUCCAGGGAAACGUGUAUGGUCGCGCUCUAGACUCAAACCAUUUUCUUAAUAUUCUAGACAUCGAGAAUGGGCGAUCAUCUCGAUCCGAUUUGCAAGUGAAAGCCUACCAUAUCUUUAAAAUUGUGGUGAAGGAGGAAGCGAUAAGGAUUUUACACGAAGAUCACCUUGGAGUUAUAGGGUUUUCAACGGCAAAAUUAUGGAAAAUGACUCCACCAGCUGUAAAAAGCACGUAUCAAGCGUGCGCUGAAGCCGUGGAUAUGAAUAUCCCCAAAAGAAAUUUUGUUACUUCCGCUAACGUUACUGCCGUUG